UGUGUGUGUGUGUGUGUGUGUGUGUGUGUGUGAGUGUGUUUGUGAGACACCAGCACUGCAUGAAGCCGACCAAAUGUCAGAGCACAACUUAUCGCUGCACUGAGCACAUCACAUACCAAUCGGUGGUGAGGGAGGUGCAACAGCUCUUAAAAGGGUUCGUUUGAUAAAUAUUCAUCAUUUCCUCCUGACACCAGAUCAGUGAACAUCGAGGGACAUCUCAGCGACGACAAUUACUUGUGAUCGUGAUGGAGAAGUUUGUCCUCAUCCUCUUACCUGCCCUCAUCUCAACAUCAGGUGCCAAGAAGUCUGUUUAUGCUCAGGUAGGAGAGGAUGUCGUCCUAAAGCCUCCAGUGAUUGACAGUUCAAAUAGAUAUGUGUACUGGACGUUUCAAAAAGAGGACGGCCUUGAACUUGCCUGGAGCAAUCACUUGGGUGGAAAAAAAGUCGCUGAAGUUGAACCCUGGAAAGAUAAGUUGACCAUGUCUGGCGACUCACUGUUCAUCAAAAAGGUCCAACCAGAGAACUUUGGGACGUUCUUUUGUAAAAUUCAAUCUGAAAUCCAUUCCAUCGAACUUAUCAAACUCGACGUGAGUGUGAGCCCAGCCCAUCCUCUGCUGCCUGGAGAAUCUCUGUCACUGUCCUGCACCGUAGAUUCUCCCAAGAAGCCUGCGAUCCACUGGCUGAAUCCCAGACGCGAGAAGAAAGGCCAGGGAACAGUCGCUGUGAGAGUCACAAGCCAAGACAAUGGCAUGUGGACCUGUGUAGUGGCAGAAGAAAAACAGGUCGAAAUGCCUGUAAAAGUUACGGGCCUUUCUCCAACUCCUGUACUUCCUCACUACACGUCUACAUCCUCACGCUUCGCCGUCCCCUGUUCGAUUCCUCCUCCCUUCACCUGGGAACAGAUCAAAACUAAGGGUGUCCAGGAAGUUCACUGGCAAUUCUUCCCCGCAACAUCAUCAGGCCUCAAUUCCGCCCAGAGGCUCUUCUCCCUCUCACUGGACUCGCUGAGCUGGAAGGAAGACCAACCCCGAGAUCUGAGGCCUGCAUCAGACCCCAAAACAGGAAAUCUGGAGCUGACCAGAAAGCUGGGCAGAGUGGACGACAGAGGGGACUACGUGUGCACUAUGAAAUUUAAAAAUGGCCUGACCCUGAACAGGACGGUACACGUGGAGGUGUUGCAAAUCGCCUCCUCACCGGGACCACACCUCCUCACUGGCCAGCAGCUCAACCUGACGUGCAGCGUGGGCCAACCGCUGCCCUCUGACCUCCAGCUGCAGUGGAACCGACCUAAACGAUCAGCCCAGCCUGGCCAGAACUCUGACCAGCACACUGCCCGUCUCACCAUCCCAGAAGUGAGCACGGACGAUGGAGGACUUUGGGUGUGUGGGCUGUGGCAGGGUGAGAAGCAGCUGACGUCGGCUGUGAUAACGUUGACGAUAGAUCCCAAAGUGAGUGUGUGGACGCUGGUGAUGGCGUGCAGCGCUGCAGCCGUCGUGAUCCUCCUCCUCCUCAUCCUGGCUCUCGUCCUCCACCGACGCAGACGUCGGAAGAUGAGACACCUCAGGCAUCAACUCUGCCGAUGCAAAAAGUACGUACUAACCAUUUCCUGGACUGAUGAAAUGGCUCCGAACGCACAUUUACACUCACUCACACUCAUCCGCGUUGGCAAUUGAAUAACAAGUGCAGCCAUAAGGUGUUUUUAUGAAGAUGCACCAAUAAAAUAAGCAUCUAAACUUCAAAACCUGUGACUCUCUGUUUCAGACCCAAGCCCAAAGGAUUCUACAGAACAUGAUAUCUCCCAGAAAGACAUUUCCAACAGGACACGGCCACCGAUUGAAUUUCUAGAUAAGAUGGAUUUUUCUGUCGUAUCUACUAAACUGUGAAGCUGUGUGAGCUGCGAGAGAUGAAGGUCUGAAAGUUUGAAUCAAAGUUCAGUCUUCGCUGAGAUGCCAGAUGAGACUCAGAAAGAAAAGUGUAUUUUACAGUUGUAUAUAUCAACCAGGCUGGACUGUGUUUAAUUCCUUAUCUUCAAUUCAAUUGUUUCUCUUUUUUUAUGAUAAUACCUAGCUGUUUCUUUUUAUAUGUUGGAUUCAGUAUAUUUAGUAUUAUUUGAGUAUUUUUUAAUUUCCAUGUCAUGUAUGUUCUUUAUGAUGCUCCUUUGAAAGGCUUGGUUACCUGCUGCAAUAAAAACUUAACACAUUUAUUUUAUCUGUACACAGAAAUUUAUAUUUUAUUACUUAAACUAAAACAGGGUCCUGAGUAAAUCAGCUUUUUUGGUGAGUGGCCCUGCAGUGGUUUGGAGGUUGGGGUGGAGGCUGGUGUCAGUGGAGUGGGGUGGAUGCCAUCUGACAGAUCCGAGGAUACUUGAAGGAGCAGGGAACAUCGUACCACUUCUGAGAGCGGCUGUCUACCACGGCACAGUCCUCGCCCUCUGGCCCGCCCGACUUGUGGUUGUCUGGCUCUGAUUUCAAGGUGUCCCAAUAUCUUCAAAUGGGGAAGAAAGAAAAAAGAUACAAUUAUAGCCCUGCAGUUGUAGGCCACCGUAUAAUACCGUAUAUAAACCUCUGGAAUAUAUGAUGUAUUUUUAAGUGUGUGAUACCUAAACCAAGGCCUUCAUCAUAAGUCUAUAACUCCUACAGCUCUCUCUCUCUCUCUCUCUCUCUCUCUGCAGAUGUUGCAGCUGCUUGGAAGGUUAUGAGUCAUUAAACCCAUAACUCAGCUGCUUGUUCGUGUAGAAACAGCAUUUGAAUCAUUUCAAACUCACGGGUUAUUAAGUGUUGAGUUGUCGACCCAUUUCCAUUCUCCCUCUUUCUCAAAGUCAGACAGUCCGAUCCAGUAGUUUGUGUAGAACCCUCCGAACCUUAUGCUUUCUUUUUCCACAGCAUCCUAAAAGGUGUUCCACUCAAAUUUAAAAACUUUUAGAAAACGAAUACAUUGAAAUGCUAAAGAAAAGCAUAAACAGUUUACAAACACACGUACGUGCUGUCCCAUUGUGGUCAGAAUGGCAAGAUGUCCGCCUUUUAAUGCACAGAUAUUUGUACUGGUAAGCCAGUCCUGCCUGUCAGGGCUGAUUUGGAAGCACUGAUCUGCCACCUGAAACCACCCGGCAGGACACUCGGAGGUGUUGAGCCCUGUGAGGAGAGGAAAAAAGGAAAUGAUCAGACAACUACAAAGUUAGUUUAACAGAAUGAGGCAGAACACGUGCAACCUCAGAACAAAGUAUAUUAACAAAUGAUUGUGUAUUUGGGCACAAAGGAGGUUAAACCUUUCAGAGACAAAAAAUUCAAUAAACAAUUUGCUCAAGCUUAUCAAGCUGCUUUUAAUCCAUGUGGACUCAUUAAGUGUGAUGAUUGUGUUGCCAUAUAUUUGUGCUGCAUGUUGUCCAAUAUAUCAUUUCAUAUUUCAGAAAGACAUGGACCUAUGAGUCUUAAAAUAAAGCUUAACUAACUAUCACCAUCUGCUGGAGCCUGGAAGAGGAGAGCACACUACCUGGUGCUGAGCAGUUGGUCGCCAGGUCGGAAUACUGUUCAAGCAGGAGUCUGUAGCGAUUCUUCAGAGAGUCGAAUCUCAGCUUCAGCUCUUCCAGCUCCUCCUCUGGAGCAUCAGCGGCCUGAGAGACGGCGCCGCAAACCAACAGGCCCAUGAAAACAGACAGCAGGACGCGG